GGUUUCAGAGUGAGGUUAAAACAGAGGAAGUUACUGAAACACAGGAAGUGCAAAAGCAAAGAGGAAACCCAGAGUUGUCAUUAAUUUGAGGACAGUUACAAAGACAUGAAACCAGCGUUGAGAUCAGAAAAGGAAAAGGGACAAAGACGUAUUAAUAGCAUGGAACAGGUUUUCCUCAUUCUGAUUCUUGCAGGAGGAUUCUGGAAAACUGAAGCUAUAACUGUAAAAGGAGAGCUGGGUGGAGACGUCAUAAUUACAUGCUCUCACUCUAUUGCAUAUAAGAACGUCAAAUAUUUCUGCAAAGCGCCUUGUAGGGAUGAAGACGUCCUAAUAAAGAGCAGCGAAAAAAGUAAAGGCAGAUACAGUAUCACAGAUAAAGGAAACACGUUCUACGUGACCAUCUCUCGUCUGACAGAGGGCGACGCAGGAACCUACUGGUGUGGAAUAGACAGAGUUUUUGCUUGGGACACGUUCCAAAAAGUCGUCCUCACAGUCCCAAAGGGAAAAACAAAGGAGCCUGAUGAUGACUUCUCUCAAUCAACUAGAGGUGAAGCAAUUACUACAACUGCAACACGUCCUACAUCUACUACAACUGCAACACGUCCUGCAUCUACUACAACUGCAACAUGUCCUGCAUCUACCACAAAUGUAGCACGUUCUAAUAAGUCAGAGUCUGGAGGGAAGCUGGUGUACAUCGGAGGAGGCCUCGGGGGGGCUGUGCUGGCUCUGGCGGUGGUGCUGCUGAUCUUCUACAAACAUCAAAAGAAAGAAAUCAGCACCACCUCUGGAAUGCAGGACAACACUUACUAUGCAUCACCGUCCAGUCUGAGUGGAAACGGCCACAACAGCAGGGACCAAUCAGAUGACUUGUUUUACUCCACUGUCAACUUCCUCACGCCUGCAGACUGCAGAGGUGUCCCACUUCACCCUGCAGAGGUCACAUACUCCACCAUCAGACACAUCCCAAUGGAGGAAUCAGACUUGUAUUGUAACCUCUAAACUUCGUUCUGAAUAUGUUCACAGUCAUGUGCAGUAACAAUAUGUGUUGUAGGUACCCUCCCCUUGCAGAUAUAUACAGUAUAUAUUGUGACAAGGAGAAAAACUAUUUAGAAAUGCUUUUUAAUUUAACCUCAAUAAAAUAAAAGAUAA